GUAUAAGUAAAAGCAUUUGAUUAAAAAUCUAAAUAGAACCACAAUGUGAAAACCAUACCAAACCAAACUGGAACCGGAUAGAAUCUUGAAAUUGAAAUACAUAUUGGGCCUUUGGGGCCCAGAUAUUAAGCAUAGUCCGCUGUGGAAAUAUACUUUCCGUACAUCACGUCAUUUCAAAUUUCCAUUUUUUUUUUUGGAUAAAAUUCAUUCAUUUCAAAUUUCGUUAGCAACAGGAAAGAGAAAGCUGAGAAAAGCAGUUUCAAAAAACGGAGGAAGUAUCUGGAGGAAGAUGGCGGGAUCUCUAACAGCAUCAGUCCACGAGCACCACCGAGGAGACGCGGCGACUUUAGAGCUUUCCGGAUGGCUGAUCGAUUUUGCUCGGUUUGUUCCGUAUCCAUCCUCUCCCUCUCCGUAUCCAGGGAUGGUUCCUCUCGGAAAAAGAGAGCUGAAUCCGUCGCCCUUCGGGACGUGGUUGUCGACGUCUUCUCCGACGGCGUCUCUCCAUCUGUUGGACGAAUUGAACAGAUCCGAUGUGAUUCUCUCCGUCGAACUCGGCGGGAAAGUCCUUGAGGAACACUACAUUUCAAAGCUGAAUUUCUCAUGGCCUCAGAUGACGUGCGUUUCUGGGUUCCCACCUCGUGGUAGCCGAGCGAUUCUCGUUAGCUUCAAGGAUUCUGCAGACGAGGCAACCUCCCAACACUCGAAUCUCUUUUGGAUUCAAAAAUUCGCUUUAAGGUUUUCCACAGGUGAUGAAGCGGUGACAUUUGUGGCAGCUCUUAAGGAGAAACUCAAUGGCUCAGAGGAAGCUGGGAUCCAGAAAAGUGAAACUAGGUCCGAGAUCUGUUUCCAGUCAGAUUACAACCCUGAAAAUGAGAUUAUCCCCAGAGCCACUGAGCAAGAGCCAAACAUGGUUAAACCUCCUGAUAGUUAUUUUCCUGAAAUGCUACCAAGGCUUGAGUAUCAAACUGGACAAACCUUCUACGCACCACGAUCGGCCACUAUGGAAGAGCCGAACAUGGUUAGACAUUUUGAUAGCUAUGUUCCUCAAAUGCAACCAAGACUUGACUAUCAAAUUGGACAAACCUUGUACCCACCACAAUCCACGCUUACUCAAACCCCUUACGAGCCUUCCAUGAACCUCCCUCCGAGUUUCAGUACCUUACUCUCUGGUUGCUUCCCCAACUCCACUCUAGAUGCAGGCCAAACAAUUGUAAAGCAGGAUCCUGAUCUUAGGUCACAGAUACUGAAAUACAUGGAAGAUUCUUCAUUUCAAGAUAUGCUGCAGAAAGUAGAGAGGAUUAUCGACGAAAUUGGAGGUAACUGGAUUCUCUGAGUUUCAUCCUAUAUAUAGACUAUCCCAAACUUAUAUUCCAGGUCCAGUCUUUUGUUCAUCGAUUCAACAUGUAUGGUUUAAUCUGAACACUUUUUUAGACAUUGUUGAUUUUCUGUUUGUGAGUAAUAAUAUAGUGGCUGAUCAUAUUCAUCUUUGCGAAUUUGUUGGAAUCUGAAAU